UUCGCCCCUGGCCCCAAACAUUUGCUCAGGUCAUUGGGGUCAAGCACUCCGUGAUUCAUUCGCGUGCCACGCUCGAAAGACGGGUAUGUACGCGUACUAGCAAAACCCUCGAUUCGAGUUUUCCAAUUCCUGGAGAAGACGAGCAAGAAGAGUUCUCCAAGGCAGCAUACUCGCUCCCCCUUCUAUUUGUCAAACAGAAGCCGUCUCGUUCUCGAGCCGUUUCCCGAAUGACAGGAUUUCAACGGAGUACGUGCUCACGACCGAGGAAAGAUCGAGCGAGCGACGAACUAACCGAACGGCCGCCCGAAUCAGAACGAAUGAAUUCAGUUUUCGUGAGACUGUCGAUGAGCAAAGACGUGUACAUUCUGCCGCUCAUGGAAGAUUCUCAAAAAUAUGAAUCAAAAUUGAAUUAGCGUGGGAUUAUCAUGGCUUUCGUUUGCAAAGUGAUCUUGGCCCUAGUAUUGGGAGCACUGUGUUCCCUUGGACAAAGCAGCAUGAUCCAAGUGCAAAAUGGAAUCUAUAAUCGAAUCACAGUGAACGUCAACGACGUGGUUCCCAAACAUUUGUGCAAUAAGGUGCUCGAUCAGUUAGAGGCACUUUUGACCGAGACCUCCGCCAGCCUUCAUGAGUUAACUGAAAGCAACUUGCUCUUCGGGUCCAUCUCCGUGAUUCUACCAAAGUCGUGGGAGUCCUUGGAUUGCUUAGUGGGAAGAAACUCCCUUCACCACGACUUGGAAUCUCACGUAUCUCAACAAGCGGACAUUCAGCUCGCCGAGCAACACCCUAUUUUUGGAGCCAAUCCAUGGACCACCCAGUUCGGUCCAUGCGGCGUGUCCGGUCGAGGCAUCGAUCUGCCGUACCCAAGCCUCACCCGAAACCAUACUGUGGAUGAUGCUACAUCAAGGGCCAUGCUCAAAGCUUGGAUCCAAUAUCGGUGGGGAGUGUUUGAAGAGCAGGGCUUUGAGGGCGAUACACGCUAUCCCUCGACCUACAUGGAAGGUGAAAUGGAGCUUGAAAACCGGGGAUGCGACAACAAGGCUGAUCAGUUGAUUUGUCCGCUUGACAAGUAUGACCACGACGUGACAACCAAGCAAAACAUUCUUUGUAACGGCAAGAGCAUUCGUGAAGUCAUCCUUGCUUCCCAAGAUCUGAAUGAGCAAGCCAAUGAACAGCCGCGGGAGACCGCCAAGACGAUCUUUGUUGACAAUACCGGAGAGAAGCGGCCAACCCUCGACAACGAUCAAGUCACAACCAUCGAUAUUCAAGACGACGUGAAGCCCCGACAACCAACCAAGGAAAACAAUUCGACUCAAGAGGACAACAAGUAUUUCCUGUCCCAAGAUGAUGGGGAGCGGGAGGAGCAGGAGGAGCAUGAGGAAAUGGUGAAGGGUGGAAAGCAACCAUUCCGAGCCCCGAUUUUCAACUACGUACUUCCACGACCUGAGUUGUUUGUUCUUGUGCUCGAUCGCUCUUCGGCGGCUUCAUCCGGCAAAAUCCUGGUGGGUCAGAAGCAACAGGACGAAGAAUUUGAAGAGACUCAGAGCAAGUGGGAGACUUUGCAACAGUCGCUUUUCCAGUUGAUCUCCAGGCUUCCGGUUGGCGCCGAGUUGAGUAUCAUCACGUAUGGGCAGGAGGCUCAGGUGAACCUUCCCCCAACUCUAAUUACGGACACGAAUAAAGAGGGAUUACAUGGUCGUAUUCCUAGAAGACCCCUCAGCCAUGACACCACCUCCUGUCUGGACUGCGCUCUCAAGACUGCCUUCAAAGUCAUGCAAUUGGGGAGCAAAUAUGAGGGUCGAAUGAUUGUGGCUUCCAUGUCACUGUCUCAGAUUUCCGCCGAAAACCUCGAGACCAUCGAACAGUUUGCUGUCCCCGUGUACAGUGUGUCGCUCUCGGGUCUUCAGGGCAAGCUCGAAGUGGACCAACUGACCAAGUUCGGCGAUAAGUUCGUGGUGACAUCCCCCUUGUCAAAUCAACCCGAAUUCCUCACUCGUCUCUCUCGGACUUUUACCAGCGUGGUGAGAGCCGCCUCGGAUGUGAGCAUUGUCUCCUUUCACCAAGAUCACCGAGUGCCCAACAUCGAUAACAUCAUCACCGGUAAUUUUGUGGUCGAGGAACAUUUGCGCAAGAAUCUCAGGAUUGUUGUCACGGCCGAUGAUGAGCGUGAUAUCGAAGUCUUUGAGGUGCUUAGUCCCACGGGCCGUAAGCAUUCCUUUCCGACCUACGAGCACAGUAUGGCUUACUUCAAUUUGGCGGGCCUCAACGAGCCGGGCAUUUGGAGCUUCAGCAUUCGUUUGUACCAAACGUUGGUCAGCCACUACCCGGUUUACAUUGAAGUCUUGGGAGAGCCCAACGAUGACAACGCCAUCACUUUGGAGACAUGGGUUCACCAGAGGCAAGACGGAGCCAAUCCCGAAGAGGUCUAUGUCUACGCCCAAGUGAAACAAGGUGACUUGCCGGUUUUGGACGCGGAAGUUGUCGCCUCAAUUCUUCGACCGGGUGACAAAGACUUUCAACCCGUUCUACUCCAACUGCGAGACAUGGGCACUGGCUAUCCCGAUAUCACCCAAGGCGAUGGCAUCUAUUCGGCGUACUUCACCGACUUCUCCCCUCAAUCCGGCUAUUAUCAGCUCUCUGUGAGUGCCAGUGAUAACUCGGGCAAUGCCCGAACGCCAAAACUAAGUGCAUCCAUCGAUGCUGACACCAAUAUUUGCUGUGGCAGUGCACUUCCUUUCUCCUACACCGUGCCCACUGGCCCUUUUCAGCGUUUCGCUGUGGGAUCCUCUUUCUUGAUCGAGCAAACAUCCAACUUCUACAUCCGCCAGGGAUCCCGUCUCGUCAACGAUAUCUUUCCACCGAAUCGAAUCACAGAUUUUUGGGUCGACAACUACUUGGACGAGUCGCUCUUUGUGACCCUCAAGUGGACCGCCCCAGGGGGAGACUAUGAUCAGGGCAAGGCCUUUCGAUACGAGAUACGAUGCUACACCAGUCGUGAGGCCUUGCGAGACUCUAAUUUUGCGGAUAUGAGCAUCCCCGUGCACGCCAGUCUCAUUCCUCAACCCGAGGAGAAUGGGUCGGAGCAGCGCUGCACAGUCGGGGUGCCAUGGCCCAACGAGGUGUUCUACUAUGCCAUUGUUGCCUUCGACGAAGCCGGAAAUCGGGGGAAAAUCUCCAACACUAUUUCUGUUUUCAUCAAAGAAGACCCAUCCACGCUUCCUCCUCUUCACAACCUGAUUGAAUCCAACGAGGUCGACCAUCUCAGCCAGGAACCGUUACAAUCGUUCACCGAAAAUAACUCGACCCAAAUCAUCUACAUUGUCGUCGGGAGCGUGUCGUUUGUGCUGCUCAUCCUGAUUAUCCUAUGCAUUAUUGCCAUCAGGAAGCAUUACCGCAUCGUCAAGGGAUUCGUGAGCAAUUCCAACGAGAGUUCUAGGACGCGAAGUAUCGAGGAUGGCGAUGAAGACUCAAGCUUGGCUGGAACUCUGAAGAAGAUCAUCGCCGAGCGCAGUGGCAAGCAUUUCGUGGAGGCUAAACUUUGGUCAAGUGCAGCAUCCUCCCCAACCAGUGACUACUCGAGUCAAAAGUCUCCACUUCCUUCCAUCUCUGAGACGCUUUCGUGGAAGUAUCGCAACGGCCUACAGAAAGCCACUUCACAAGAGCUCCCUGGAGUGCACAGAAUUCAUGAUCAAAAGUUCAGCAGCAUCCACACCAAGAUCGAAGCCGGCGACCCCGGUGAUAAGGAGAUUAGUGCCAAGAGCGAUUGUGGCUCUCGAAACGGCACGGAUUGCUCGACAUUGCUGUACGAAUCUUCGGAUAAUGGCUCCUCAUCUCUGGAUAUGAGUCCCAAGAAAGAUGUCGACUCAUUGGUUGUGUCUCAGCGGCAUUCCUUUGGACAAAAAGCGUGUCAAUUGCCCGGUCCACCGCCUCGAGUCUCGGUCAUGGAGGAUUACAGUGUGUACAGGGAUCUGAGCAAUCUGAGUAAUAACCAAAACGAUUAUUUCAGUGUCAGCCAAUUGCCCGCUGAGCUGCAGAAUGGUGGCCAUAUCAUUGCUGUGCCUCCCUACUACGAUGUCAAUGCUUUGGAGGCCCAGCGAAAGCGACACGAGUCCCUUGUUUGAUAUUCAAGGCUCACCCCGGAGUAGAUUUGUCUUCGUCCAUAUUCAUUCUGAUGCGAGAAACCAUAUACACUUUAUUGUUACCGACCAAGACCACGUGGAUGCUGACUCCAUCCCCCAGGACUGUUUUUCUUUACGACUAUUUCGAAUAGUAUGGUCAUUACGUUUGCCUUCUCCGUGCUUUAAACUCUUUUAACUCGAAUGUAAAACACCGGUUGUCAAUGGGAUUUCCCUCUAUCGAGAAAUCCCCCCGUGACUUCCUCGUGAUUCACUGAUCCUUCACACGCACAUUCACACUCACACUCACACACAUACGCUCCCACCCAACCACCCUCUCUCCCUCCCUCCCUCAACCACCCCCUACCCUAUUGAAUGCUAGUCUUUGAAUUGUUUUUAUCAUCUUAUGUGCAUGAUAUUCAAAUAUCAGUGUCUGCUUUGAGCAACAAACCAGUGCCAUACCUAUCUAUGAAUUGCCUUGAAUGCUCCCAGAAUCCAUGUGUGAAAACAUGCCGUUUGUCAGAUGCACAAGGAUAAUGAAAUAAAUUUCAUG